AUGCCAGCACUGAGGCAGUAUAUUAAAGAGAAGUACAGUUGUAUUGAAACUGACGUUUUUUUGGAAUACUCUUCUGGCGCAUAUUUACAAGACAUAGAGCUUUUACUUGAUCACAUACACGUUGAAGAAAAUACACAUGUGUCAGAUGCCAUUUCCCCAAUAUUGGUAUCAAAAUGUACUUGUUGCUACUAUAACGAGAUGAUAGAUCUGCUUAUUGAGUAUAUGAUACUCAAAAAGAGAAACAACUCAUUAUUGCUGGGGCUCACCAAGUAUCAUUAUGAAGUAGAUAAUACGGUACAAAUGUUCAAAGGUUUUAAUUCAAGUUUAGCCCUACUGAAAUCAAAACCCAUGGAAAUAAUCAUGAAUAUAUUAGGCAUAACAAGGUUUUUGUCUCUUAUUCUUGGGACAGAUGCUUUAUGGAGACCUAAUAAUUUUGUUAUUUGGGGUGAUAUCAAAGAAAUGCCAUUUUCAAAUAAGGUUAAUCCUAACAUAGUAAGCAUAAAAAAAAUGCUUCAUAGAAGCAUUGGACACAUAAGAAAUUUGAACCCCAUAAAACUGGAUGAAUAUGAAGUUUUAAAGGAGAUAUUUGGUGGAACAUUGACUGAAACACAAAUUCUCAAUAAAACCAUACCAAAAAGACUCAGAAAAGUACGUAAAAUCAUCAAACUUAUGAUAUUCAACCACAAUAAACAUGCUUAUGAAUAUCCUUACAUUGUGGAUCAGAUAUGUAAAUCGUCUAGAAAGCUAAAAAGUGAUAACCUAGGAUAUGCAACCGAUAGGGCAAACGUGAUAAGUCUCAUUCAUACAUUAAUUUACAUGAUUAUCCCCAUGGAAAUAUUUGGGUCUAACCACAAUAGGACAGUUUUGAUGAGAUAUGUUCCCAAGCUUAUUAAUGGCACUGCUAGCUUUACAAUGAAAACACAAGAUAUGCUUUUGAAUGUCAAAAUUAAUGAAGUGAAGUGGUUGAAACCAAGGAAUAACUGCAAAAUGACUAAAUGUGAAUUUAUCCGGGCGAAGGAGUUGUUUUCUAUGUUUGUUACAUGGUUAUUUAAUUCUUUUGUUUGUAAAUUAACAGCAUCUUUUUUUCAUGUGACAGAGCCUUCACAAGAGACACGCUUAUUAUAUUACCGUCAUCAUAUAUGGAAAAAAAUAUCUCAGAAAUUCAAAUCCAGAUACUUUAUCAAGCACUUGUAUCAGAAAAGAGAUUCUUCAAAUUCUUUUAAGUCUUUCAAACAAAAUGAGGACACAAUUGGAUCUUUAUCUAUUCAUCCCAAAAAAACCGAUUUUAGACUGAUUGCAAAACCCUUCAAGGGUACUUUAGAAGAAAGAAUCUUGUAUCUAUCUUAUCAAAAGAGAAAGCUUAGACCGAUCAAUCAGAUUCUAAACCAUAUCAGAUUAAGAAAUAGUUGUUCUUCAGUUCGUGAUAUUGUUAAGCAUAUUUAUAGUUUUAAGUCUAGGAUAACCAAGCCAACAGGUAAGUUACCUAGAGUAUAUGCUUUCAAGUUUGAUGUCCAAAACGCAUAUGAUUCCUUGCCGCAUGCUAUGAUCGAUAAAGUUAUCAAGCAAAGGCUUGAUGCAUUUACAAAAAGUGAUACAGUGUUUGUUCAAUUGUGUCGAAAGUCAAAAGCUGAUGGUAUGGUUAGAACACGAAAGAGUCUUAUAGCUGAUUCACUGGAAAAACUAAAAUUCAGUAAAGAUUUCGGUUUUUCAGCACAACAUCGCCUAGUUGAUACUCAUGAAACUCUAGAAUUCAGCAAAAAGGAUAUAAUAAAUUUUGCUAGAAGUCAGUAUGCUAAGACGUGUAUUACCAUCAACUCAAAAUCGUAUUUCAGAAAGAUAGGAGUAUUCCAAGGCUUUCCCCUUUCUGCCACACUUUUUAAUAUAGUUUAUGACUCAAUGGUAGAGAAGCUUAAAAGUAUAAUAAAUUUUACCGGUGAAAUGACUGUUAUUCGUUUGAUGGACGAUUUCCUGGUUUUGUCUACAUCGGAUAGUGAUUUGAGAAAGAUAAGGAAAUUUGUUUCACGUACAGUUGCUGAUUACAAUAUGAAUAUCAACAGACUUAAGAGUAAUUUUACAAAUGACAAAUUAUUAUUUGCGGGUCUCACGAUUGAUGUUAAAAACUUAGUCUGCUAUAAACCAUUGAAACAGUACAACACAGGGAGGGUCAUUGCGUCAAACUUUACUAAGCUGUACGCUAAGUUGACCGAGUACACAGAUAUAUGGGUAGGUAACACUCUUUUGUUUGAUUCCACUAAUGUGAUGAGUGGAAAACAUGGUUGCCGGAAAAACGUUGUAUAUUUACUCCGGGCGCUACUGUUCAAAUUUGUUAAUUCUUUUAGAGAAACUAGACGUAGAAGUAAGUUCAAGGUUCAAACUUUGUUUAGCUUCUUGAAUAAAACUCUAUGUCGUAUUUCAGAAAUCACCGAUCUAGUUUUUAUUCAAUUUGAUUUUGCGAAGUUCUGGAAAUUUACAAUCGAAAUAUUGAAACACAAAAAUAUUGUACACUCUAAAGCAUGUUUUCAAUUUGACAAACACACAGGCUAUUGUUUUCAAUCUACAUAA